CGAUCUGCCAGAAAACGACAACAAGAGCGAAAUAGCCGCUUCUUCUCAACUCCCACUCUCUCCUUCUCCACUCUCUCAGUUCCCACCACCACCACCACCGCCUCACGCCAAUUUCUCGCCCACUUUACCGCGAUAUAUUACCCCCGCCAUCCACCAUUUCUUUCUCUCCCUCUCACAAUUUGAAUUCGGAUUUUCUCUGCAGAAUUCGAUUUGAUUCAGGAAAUCCGUGUUUAUUUGUUAUCGGAGUUUUUCUCAAUCAUUUGCAGAGCUUGGACCAGCAAAAGAAAAAAGCUUCAAGCUUUGAAGCUUUUGGUUUCUUCGGGAAAUGGGGAUGUUAGGGACGCGAUCUACUACAUCCCUGGAGGAGGAUUUGGGUUCUGCACCUGAACCGGAUAAGCAUGAAGUUCCGGAGGAGAAGACGAUCGGGGAAGUUGUGACCGACUCGGGAGGGUCCGGUCGGGGAAGUUCCGGCGGUGGAAGGAGUUUUGGGAACCUGAGUGUUGAUGUCUCGGAUGCUGAGGAGGGCUUGGUGAAGCCGAGAGGGAAAGGGAGAGUUGAGAAGUUGGAGUCUGGUUCGAGUAACGAGAAGAAGGCGGUGAGAGGCGGUGCUGAGGUUGAUCAUGGUGAGAACGGAGGAGGGGUUGGAGAAAAUGGGAGUUCUUUGGAUGGAAUUGGAGAAGGCCCGGAUGGGACUGAGAUUAUUGAGACCGGGACCGAUGUGAACGGAGGGGUUGAAGAGAAUGGGAGCUGUUUGGAUGGGACUGGAGAAGACCCGGAUGAGAAAACUGAUGAGAUUAGUGAGGACAUGGAUGAUGAGGGACAUGAGUUUCUUGUUGGUGAUUUUGUGUGGGGAAAGAUUAAGAGCCAUCCGUGGUGGCCUGCACAAAUUUGUGAUCCUUUGGACGCUUCGGAGUAUGCCCUGAAAUUGAAGGCCAAAGACAGACUCCUGGUGGCGUAUUUUGGGGACGGAACAUUUGCUUGGUGCAAUUCAUUGCAGCUGAAACCGUUUGAGGAGAACUUUAGGGAGAUGUCGGAGCAGAGUAGCUCGAAGGCGUUUGUUAAUGCUGUGCAGCAGGCUGUGGAUGAGGUUGGAAGGAUUGUGAUGUUGAAGAUGAGUUGUGGGUGUGUAAAGGAAAAGUUCCUGAGUGAGGUUGGUCGGCCGUUGGCAGUAAAUGCCGGAAUUAAGGAAGGAGUUCUUGUGCCAGAAGGCAGGGUUGGGAAGCUUUUGGAUCGUCUGUGUGAGCCGGCAGAGCUUCUUGCUGAGUUGAAACAUGUUGCAGAAGUUAUGUCCACGUCUAGUGAGCUUCAGCUGAAUGCUUUGAAGAGUUGGUUGUCGGCAUUUUAUUGUUCAAAAGGGGGCUAUCAUUUGCCUGUUUUCGUCGAAGCGCAGCCAGUUCCUGGUCUUGAGGAUGAUUGGAGGGCGGUGGAUGUCCCGCUCCAAGGGCCAUUUGAAGACUGGCUUUCUUCUCCCAGAAAAUCAGGUCAAACUGAUCAACCUUUACAUGAAAAUUCAGCUCAAGGUUUAGAGAAUAGGCAAUACCAAAGAAGGAAGCAGAAGAGCAUUGCUGAUCUAAUGGGAGAGUAUGAUGAUAUUCAGGUGGAAACAAAGGAAGGAGCAACAUCAGAGAAAGCAGGGGUAUCAUCUGGGCGGAAGAAGCGGAAAGUUGGCGAGAAUCAUGGUGAGAGUAAUUUGACUUCUGAAUCCAGAAAGAGAAGGGCCAAGCUUUCAAAGACACCAAUGAGCACGCAGAUGAAAAAACUAUCAUGUGUUGAAAAUGGUUCUAGUGGCCGUAAGGAAGAAACUAAGAAGGGUGCCUUAACAAGGAGCAGGAAGAAGGCUGAAGGUACUGGAAUUGAAAGCAAUGGUGGCGAGACCAAAGAAGAAGCUGGUGAUAGUCCAAUUUUGCGCAGUGGCGGUUCACAAACUGACAUGAAAGACCAAAUUGAUCACGCCUUUUCCACGAGAGAGAGGAAAAGGAGCAAGUACUUGUCCCCUCCCUUCAUAAAUCUAAGCACUGGAAAAAGGAGUCUAGACAUGGAAGUAGAAUCUCUGAAAGUUUAUAAUGAGAACCUUGUUGGGUCGCCGAAGAUGCUGAAUCCUUGCAUGGAGACGUUACAGAAGAAAGACUCUACAGAACUUGGUCUUGGGAAUGAGAUAUCUGGUGGCUCGAGUUCGAAAAAACCAUCAGCAGAUGACAAGAAGAGCAUUGAUCAGAUGAAAGCUAAUGUAUCUAAUCGUAACGUGCUAUCUGGAGUCCGCUCUGCAGCUGUUAAUCCAUCAUCUCCAAUAAAAAAGAAAUCCUUUGAGAUUGUUAAGGAUUUUCUGUCCGUAUUCAGAGACUCGAUUUAUCGCAGUGGAUCCUACUACGACAUAUACAAGAAGAAGCAACCUGAUAAGAAGAGAAAGAAGUUAGAAUCUGAACCUGGCUCAUUGGGGAAAGACCGAAAUCAGACUGCAGAAAACCUGCCCGAAACUGAAUCUGGGAAGAAGAGAAUCAAGAAGAGCAGUGAGACAAAGUCUGCUAAGUCUACACAAAAGCAAGCUACUGAGACACCAGGUUCAGAGCCUGGUAGUAAGCGAAAAUCAAAGCAUGCUUCUGGAACUCCGGAUUUGAAGAAAAGGCGUAGGAAGACUGACGAAAUAGCUUCACCUGCAUCCCUUUUUGUGACAUUUGGCCCUGGAUCCAAUCUCCCCACAAAAGCUGAUCUUAUCAAGAUUUAUAGUAAGUUCGGAGAGCUGAACGAAACAGAAACUGAGAUGUUCUACACCAAUUUCUGCGCUCGUGUUUCCUUUGCAAGGCUAGCCGAUGCACAAGAAGCCUUCAACCAUUCGCAAAACGACAGUCCGUUUGGAGCUUCCAACGUCAAUUUCCGGCUUCAUAAUCUGGCAGCUGCUUCGAAGGUUCGUGAACUGAGUGAAAUAUCCAAUUCUGCUCCCGCUAAGAAGUCCAGGGGCAAGACCAAAACCCAGGCAUUAGCUUCACAGGCACCCGCUGCUGCUGGUGAGGCGUCGCAGAUCGACUUAAUCAAGCAGAAACUGGAGAAGAUGACCUCAAUGCUGGAUGAUUCAAAUGGCCAAGUGUCGGAUGUCACGAAAUCGAAACUGGAGAGCGAGAUAAAAGAGCUGUUGGGGGCGGUAAGCACGAUGGUCUAAUCGUCGUCGUAGAUCAGCCAGCUUCUCUGCGAGCGAAUAUGUAGGUUUAGGGAGAGAUCUAAAUGCUUUCUUUUGGGAUGCUUGUGGAUGAAGUUAAUACGCCUCCAUGUAACAACUCUCGAUAUUUUGAUUCGAAUUUCAGCAGUUAGUUUGAUGUACAUUUCAGCUUU